UAUUCUCUCAUCUCUCAAAAUGAAUAAAACGAAGGCAAACCCUGAUUAUAAAGUUGUUGAAAAAGCAAAGAACAAAUCAAGGAAAAGCUUAAAGAAGCAUAGAGAACGCGAUGUCGUGUUCAGUUGCCGUCUGUAACUCACCGGUGUUUUCCCCAUUGUCGUCUCUUUUCUGUACCAAAACUUCCAUCAUCUCUCCUUCGCCCGAAGCUUUGAACUUGUCGUUGACUCAACUCAAUACUUCGUCUUCUUCUCAUGCUUCUCCAUCUCCUUCUUCGCCGUCUUCCCCUUUUAGGAUUCGUCUUCAAAAACCGCCAUCUGGGUCGUUGUUAUCUUCUUCUGCUUCAGCACCAUCUUCUUCUUUGGUUUCGAGUUCAGCCGCAGGUCUGGGACCGGGAUCGGUGUCGACGAUUUUGAAGAGGAAGAGGCCAGCGAGGCUAGAUAUACCGGUAGCAACGACGGCUGUGUGUUUUGGAGUUCCAGCAACUCCGUGUGAAGUGUUGAGAGAGCUGGAGAGAGAAGGAGAUGGUUAUUCGGUUUAUUGUAAAAGAGGGAGGAGAGAAGCUAUGGAAGAUAGAUUCUCAGCUUCUGUUGAACUCCAAGGAGAUUCAAAACAGGCGUUUUUCGGUGUUUUCGACGGUCAUGGAGGUGCCAAAGCGGCAGAGUUUGUAGCCCAAAAGUUGGAGAAGAACAUCGUAGAUGAAAUUGAAAGAAGGGAUCUAAGCAAAGUGAAGGAAGCUGUUAAAGAAGGUUAUAUGAAAACAGAUGCCGAGUUUCUUAAGGAAGACAUCUCCGGUGGCACAUGUUGUGUGACAGCUUUGAUCAAGAAUGGAAACCUGAUUGUAUCGAACGCCGGCGAUUGUCGUGCUGUUAUGAGCAGAGCUGGUGUCGCUGAAGCUCUUACCUCCGAUCACAGACCUUCAAGGGAGGAUGAAAGGAACCGAAUCGAGACUUCGGGUGGCUAUGUGGACUUGUGCCGUGGAGUUUGGAGAAUUCAGGGUUGUCUUGCCGUCUCCAGAGGGAUUGGAGAUCAGCACCUUAAGCAGUGGGUAAUAUCCGAGCCGGAGACAAAGAUCAUCGGCAUCGAAUCCGAAUGCGAGUUCUUAAUAUUAGCUUCUGAUGGCUUAUGGGAUAAGGUUAGUAACCAGGAAGCAGUUGACAUUGCUCGUCCUUCAUGUCUAGGCAUCAGUAAGCAGAAUGCAUUGGGUGCCUGCAAAAAGCUUGUCGAUCUUUCGGUUUCACGAGGCUCGUCCGAUGAUGUUAGCGUGAUGCUGGUUCAACUGGGGACCUAUAUUUGAUCGUCUAGUUUAUAAAAAGUAGGCAGCCGAUUAACUGGUACGAAACAGAAUCCUAAUUGAAGAAUAAUCAGCCUUUUAGUGCUAGUUGGUGGAAAUUAUUUUAUUUUGGUAGAUACGGUAUUUAUUGACCAUUCUUUUAAUUAUACUCACAGCUGAAGAAGGCAUUACAGAGACUCGGUUGUGAACUUUUGUUUAUACAUUAUGACAUUUAUUAACCUUAGCGUUGUAAAUUGGGAUCUUGAAACAAUCAUC